ACCGGUAACUCGUCCCAGUCGCUUUUAGGCUGAUCUGACGUCGAGUACUUAGUGACUUGCUAAUAUGGAAUUCAUUGGUUUUAUUCUGGUGAUGGUUGCUACCCUGAACAUCGCGGGUGCUUCCAAAAUAAUCCGAUUGUCAUCGGGAUACGACAUGCCAAAGGUCGCACUGGGAACUGCCACCAUCCCGGCUGAGAAAAUGGAGUUGUCAAUUUUCACUGCCUUGGAAAGCGGCUACAGGCACAUCGACACGGCUUUUGACUAUUUUAAUGAAGCGGGUAUCGGCAGAGCUCUGAAAAAAUGGUUUGGCAUAGGGGGUAAACGCGAGGAGCUUUUUAUCACUUCCAAGCUACCGGAUCGAGCCAAUCGGCCCGAAAGCGUCGAGAGAUACUUGAAAAAAUCAUUGACUGAUUUAAACUUGACUUACAUCGAUAUGUACUUGAUACAUAAACCAUGGACAAUUAAAGAUACUGAAGAUUUCGACUGGCACGGUAGAGCCAAUAAUACACCAACAUUCGAAACCCCCGAUAUUUUGGCUGUUUGGAAGGUCAUGGAGAAACAAGUCAAAGACGGCCGCGUAAAAUCCAUCGGGCUCAGCAAUUUCAACGCGUCGCAAGUUUUGCGAAUUUACAACGCCGCCGAAAUCAAGCCGAGCAAUUUACAGGUCGAAUGCCAUGCCUAUUUUCAACAAAACGAGCUGUACCAGUUCUGCAGAGACCACAAGAUCGCAUUGACGGCCUAUUCUCCCCUGGGAUCAAGGAUAUUCCGUCAUUAUUUCCACAACGGGACUGCAAAAGAUCUAAUGCCUCUCGUGGAAUUAGAGGUAGUCAAAGAGAUAGCCCAGAGAUAUAACAAGAGCCCAGCACAGAUCUUGCUGAGGCACCUGGUGCAAGUCGGUCGAGCCGUCACACCCAAGAGCGCCGAUACUCAACGUCAACGGGAGAAUCUUGACAUUUUCGAUUUUAGACUUGACAUAAAGGACGUGUUAAGAUUGAAUAGUCUGGAUAAAGGCGAACAUGGAAGAAUUUUCAAUUUCGUCGCUCUCGUUCCCGGCGUUGAAAAACACCCGGAGUUUCCAUUUAUGGAAUCCUUGGAAAUGGAAAAGAAGUUGUCGUGCAAGAAAGAAAAUGUCAUCGAAAGAACUAAUUCAGAAAACUGUGGCUAAUUAAUUCACGGCCACGAUACGAUGGAAGCUUCAAUGCUCAUUUAAUACAUGUGUAUUUCAAUUUACACAGUUAAUCAUCAUGAAUCUGAAUAAAUAAUAAAUGAAUAAUAAAUAA